GAAAAUUCGUGUACAAACUGCAGCUGACCUGCUGGAGUUUCUCUUCCGGAAAUAUCCGCAGCUCGACCCCAACGUGAGGGGGCAGCAGGACGGGCGAACGCCCCUCCACCACGCAUUGUUGAAGGGUGGGAACGUCCAGGCCGCACGAAUCUUGCUGAAGAACGGCGCUAUGACCAACUAUCAAAUGGAAAUGAAGAAGUAACCCUAUUGUACACAUGAUCAGCAUAUGGACUAACCGAUUCCUCGGAAACAGGUAAGUACAUUGGAACUCCUUACUCGUGGUAGUAUAUGAUGUUUGCUCGACAUACGCGCUCGCGAUGCUAACAUCGUGAAGUCUGAUGUUCCCAUGUCUGGUGCGCGGCAGUGUAGUACGGUUUACAAACUUGUAUUGCAUAUCACCGUUCCUGAUGCCGCAAACUUCUAUCCUCAUCACUACCUGAUGCUGGGCAAGGAGCUUGAAGAAAUGAACGUGGCUACGCGCACGGGUAGUAAUACGCAUUGGGAAAUACCUGUGUCGUCGACCGCGGAAACUCCAGUGGGCGUUGUGCAGACGGAUGGAACAGCCG